AUGGCGGUUUUUCUGUGGCCGCCGCGCAGUCCUAGCUCGCUCCCAAGCUCUACACUAACUACUCUACACUACACUGCACUGGGCACCUCCGAUCCCGACCACCACCACCCUCACCACUCACCCCUCGCCGCACUCUGCCACACCCUCCCCUCAAGUAUCCCUCCUGCCCGCACUAUUGCAACAUUCGCCAUUGAUCGAGGCCAUUGCGAAGCCAUCCGCGACCUCCAACCCUCCUCACACAUGGCCUUGAAACAAUGCAGUCUUUGCGAUCGCAAAUUCACAAAGCUCGAACAUGUAAAGCGUCACGAGCGAUCCCAUACCCGAGAGCGCCCCUACGAGUGUCCCACGUGUAAGAAACACUUCUCGCGCAGCGACGUAUUAUUCCGGCACUGCAAAGGACACGCUCAAACCGCCUUGAACCGACUCAGCACCAGCAGGCAAAACCAGCAGGGCCAGGACCAAAGUCAGCCCUCACACCCCGAUAAGCAGACACCCCACUCAACCACUCCCCGGAACGAACCUGGUCCCAUCACCACUCGGAACCAGCAGGAUCCCAAUCUUUCUCCAUUAUCCAAGCGUCGAAGAGAUUCACAGCACAUCUCUCCCGGUGAACCUUUUCCUAACCCCCACCUUUCUCCUGCCCACCUUCGCCAUCCGUCGACGUUGCAGCACACUUCCCCCACCGACACCCGCUUGGAAGCCCUCAUCAACGCUGCCCAUCACCUUGGAACUCCAGCCGAUCUGCCGUGGCGGUCUCCAUCCCCCAUCAAUCUCCAGGUCGAGAAUGAACGACUCAUGGCCCGCGCCAACCACGACGCUAUGGCCCCACCCAUCGAUCCCGCCAUCGAUAUGAUGUCUUUUUCCCCUCACGGUCACGUCUCUAGCCUGGACCAGUGGGCCUUUGAGCUGGUGCAAAGCAACCACCCGAUGCCAAACCGGACCCCCGCCGAUGCUUUGCAGACAUGGCUCUUUCCAAUGGAUGGCGAGCUUCCCAAUGGCGGCGCAUACCAGAUGGCCAUGGACAGUAGAUUCGAGCACGAGGCGUUCCGCAUGAAUCCAGAAAAUCGAUUGAGUCCAUCCGGAAGCAGUGCCUCCAUCGCCAGCAGGAUUCCCCGUGAAAGAUUCGCAAGAGUAGAAAACUGCUGGCCUUCGAAAAGUCGCAAAGCAUCCAGGCUGAUGCCCGUUUUGUGGUCGAGCUUGGUCUCCAGCGAAUGCGCGAACAUCUUGUCUGAGAUCCCGGUGGGUGUAUCCGAAGCCCCAGUCAGCGAGCGCGACCGGAGGAAUUCGAGGUGGGGUCUGGACGAGGAAUGCAGAGAAGUGCUACAAGGAGCCGUGAACAACGUCUCGCAAGCAGCGAGUUCACACUCUGAAUCAUGCGGAGAUACUGCUUCGUCAGUGGGGGAUGUAGCAGCUAGUCCAGGUGGCGAGAGCAUCCCGUUUCCGCCUGCCGAGAUUCUCGACAUAGCGCUGGAGAUGUACCUAUACUACUUCCACCCGACCCUGCCCAUCAUUCAUAUUCCCACUUUCUCGGCAAAGAAUGCUCCACGGCCGCUGCUUCUCUGCAUGUGUCUCAUUGGACUAUGCAUCUUGGGCACGGCUGGAGCGUCCAAGUUCGUCUCACGAACCUUCCCGGCUGUCCUACAGAUGGUAUCCGACGAGGUGCAGUCACUUUCCAAGGAGAGUGAAGUGCCAGAAAAGCAGCUCCGCGUCCUCGCUACGGGCCUGUUGGCGCUCAAUUUGGCGUCGAUGACAGGCCGAAAGAACCGUAUCACUCAAUCCGAAAAGCUUUACAGCGAUCUGAUAGCUACUGCACAGAACCAUGGACUGUUCUCUGCCAACGAAAGCGCGCCACCCGAAUCGUACCUGGAAGAGGUUCUAGACAUUGAUGCGCGAUGGAGAGCGUGGUGUCGGAUAGAUUGUGCGAAAAGGCUAGUCAUUUUUUUCCAUGCUUCCUAGUACAAUUCUAACAGCAAUCAGAAUCAUCUUUGGGCUGCUAGAGGCAGAUUGCU